AUGGACUCCAUGGAAGCAGACGCUGGUGUCUUCUCAGAAGAUAUCUCGAACUCCCAGGGCGUCUAUAUCUACAGACCGGCAGAUGCAGGAAAAGCUCUCGGGGAACGACUUUCCAAAAAAAGAAAAGUCAUCCAAGAACCUAAGAAGACGAGAGAAGAAUUGUGUCCAUUCGUGCCGCUAUUGAACGGAGAUGAGAGCGGGAAAUCCGUCCGAUUGAGGUACCAAACAUAUGAGCAGUUGUGGUCUAUCCAGGAGGCGAAGAUCCAGGGUAUCUUGGAUGAGGUAGAUGCUGAAGUGCUCGAGGAUGUGUCGACAUUUGUCAAAACAACAUCCCCGGACACGUACGGUGGCUGUAUACCUGCGGCUCUCGUUACCGUCGGUUCAAACGUUUCAUCCCUAACUCGACUUCUCUCUCGGUUAAACGAUCAAUUGACAUCUGCCGGAGAAGGAGGGGUAGUGGUUCUGGAAUCUGGCGAUGCGCCCAACCUCAAGACGACAUUGAAGAACAUUAUACGGGCUGCGAUUACAAACACAGAAGGAAAUGAUGGUUAUCAGAGCUUUCUGACUGACAGGGAGGGCCCAAGGCUCCUUGGAUAUGAUCUUGACCUACUAGGUGACUAUGUCAGCCGGAAGAACAUCAAACAUCUUGUCCUGGCUUUCCGGGACAGCGAGGCCUUUGAUCCCGGAAUUCUUACAGAUCUCUUCUUCCUUUUGAGUUCAUGGCUCGAUCGGAUACCAUUAACCCUCUUAUUUGGCAUUUCUACAUCGGUCGAACUAUUUGAAGGAAGAUUACCGCGAUCGAGCGUUUCCUUGCUCAAGGGAAAAUACUUUGAACUCCAUGGGGCCAGUAAUUGCGUUGAUCGGAUAUACGAGCGAGUACAAACAGAAGCAGGCAAGUUUUGGCUUGGACGCAAUCUCACGGGCGUCCUCUUUGAGAAGUCGAAUGAUUACUUCCAGACUCCAGAGGCAUUUUGUCGAACAGUGAAGUACGCUUACAUGUCCCAUUUUUUCGCCAACCCCAUCUCGGUACUUCUCGCGGACGAUAUUCCGGCGAAUCUACAGCAUGACAGGCUCUGCGAAGCCAUUCGGAAUGCACCGUCUUUUAGAGAUACUCAUGGUUUUGACGUCGGGUAG